GAUGCAGCUCUUGGGCACACUAAAAUCAACAGUCUGGCAGCUUCGCUCAUUUUGUAUUCUAGUAUUCGUGUUUUUUUAUAGUCAAUUUGGGCUGAAAGGUUUCACAAAUUUAUUGCAAAUACAUUUAAAUAUAUAUCAGUUGAAAUUAAACAAAAUGCCACGCUAUCGUGAAUGGGACUUGGCCUGCAAAGUGUAUGUGGGAAAUUUGGGAUCAUCUGCCUCGAAACACGAUAUUGAGAAUGCAUUCAGCAAAUACGGACCAUUAAGGAACGUUUGGGUUGCUCGCAAUCCUCCCGGUUUCGCCUUCGUUGAGUUCGAAGAUCGUCGUGAUGCCGAGGACGCAACCCGAGCGCUCGACGGCACCCGCUGCUGUGGCACACGCAUUCGUGUCGAGAUGUCUUCGGGACGCUCACGCGAUCGUGGUCGUCGUGGAAUUCCCGAAGGAAAUGGCGGUGGCCGAAGUGCUGGACGUUUUAGGAUAACCCCCUUGACAACAACUACUUCUCCUCAUUGAACAACAACAUGAACAAGAACAACUACAAACUACAACAGCAACAUCUUCACGAUUCAAAAGCUACUACCUCUUCUCAACCAAAAUGUCCACCACAAAACCACAAUCACAUCCUCGAUCCGAUCAGCCAGCAGGGUUUCGAAAACAACAGUCAAGAUUUUCAACUGUAACUUAACGAAUCUCGAAUUCCUCCGCCGAUCAAGUUCUCCAGAUGUCUCGGUCUCGACGACAACAAACCAGAACUCUACUCAACACACGCCACACACAACUUUGAUUCUUUGAUUACCAACCGACCAAAUUUUCCAUCUACUGCGUUAACAUCAUUCUCCACUCUCCACACUCAACGAAGGCAAUCUCCAAAUGCCUUCGUUCGUUUUAGUUUCGUAUUCGUAAACGGAAUUAUUCCAACAAUUUUCUGGGCACGAAUAUUCAUCGUAAUCGUAAUGUGAUAAAAUGAUAAAUGUGCAACUGUGAUAUAUAGUUUUUAAAUACCAAAAAGAUUAGAUUAACAAUA